AUGGUUACGAAAACGAAAAAGAAGACGCCUCCACGUAAGGCCACCGUCGGUGCAGCUCUUAAUAAAGAGCAUAGGGAGAAGAAAGUGGAGUUCAAUGGAUUAGGGUUGAAGGUUAAUAAUGGCCAUGUAAAUGGAGGUCUGAGACCGUCGCCUUCCACCAAUACUCUAAAUAGGCUCGCUAGGGAAAAGAUUGUUCUGUGGAGACAACCUUUCACAACCGUAUACUAUGCGCUGAUGGAGGGACUCAAUUUGGGUCUUGAGUUUCUAACUGGCAUGCUUAAUCAUAAGGCUUUAUUGUUUUCACUUUCAAUUAUGUCAUCGUUGGUCUACUAUGCUUAUAUUACGCCUGGACCUCAUCAGCAAUAUAUUGCUGUAGUUGAGAAGAAAAUACUGUGGACUCGUUUACAGGGGCCACACAUUGCUGCUGUUACGUUAGCCGCGUACGAGUGUAACAGCCUCAACUUCCCAGAACCACCGUAUCCGGAUAGCAUUGUUUGUCCGAGUGGAAAAGCGGAGGCCACGACAUCAAUAGCGAUUUCUCUUUGGCAAAUCGUCGCCAAGGUUCGAGUAGAGUCGUUGUUAUGGGGAGCUGGUACUGCUCUCGACGACGAAGAGUACAAAGAGUUCAUUCAGUUGAUGAACGCACAUAAGAAGGGUGGUGCUGAUGAAUUGUCGUGGGCUGAUCGUGGAAAAGCUUGGAUGGAAGGGUUUAUUUCGAGAGUUGGAUUUCCAGGAAUUCUGCUUUUUGCUUCGAUUCCUAAUCCACUUUUCGAUCUCGCCGUUAUAGAGCUGUUUUACAAGAAAAGCGUCAUGCCAUCUAAAGACUGCCCUCAGUUCUCCGCAGCCUAG